AUGGCCACCCUGCACACCCUGACCAGGAGCUUCUCAGUAUGGGUCAUUUUCUGCUGCUGUUGCUGUCUCCCUCUUCUUCUCACCAGUCCCCUGCCUCCAAAAGGGAUGGGGGUGGUUUCCAAUGCCCAUCAAGCCUGCAAGCUCAGGAAGAUCAACUUCCAGCUGCCCUACAUCAGGAAUCGCACCUACACCUUGGCUGAAAUGGCCAGGGUCUCAGAUCAAGACACUGACAACAGAUUUAUUGGUCAGCAAAUCUACGUCAACAUCAGGGAGAACAACCGCUGCUACAUGAUGAAGAGAAUUACAGAGAUUAUAUUGAAGGACGUCCUCCUCACAGAGGCCAAGGAGCGAUACCCAUACGUUGAAGAUGUGGCACAGUUUCUGGCAUCCCUGACCUCGGAGCUGAGCAGAUGUAAAUCCUCAGGAAACAGAGAGCAUAUUGAAAAGAACCUGGAAGAAAUGAAGAGCAAAAUGAAAGAGCUGGGAGAGAAUGGAAAGAACAAAGCCAUUGGAGAACUGGAUUUACUGUUUGACUACAUAGAAAAUGCUUGCACUGAUGCCCCAAAGAAGGGAGGGAACAAGAAGAAAAACUGAAAAAAAAACCCAGAUUAGUCUUGAAGGAAUGUCUCCAAAAGCUCUUACUACUACCCAAAUUGAUUAACUACUGUGGAAAAAAUCCCGCCCACAGCUGCAGUACAUGUUUAAAUCUGUACCAGAAAUAGCAAACCAGGAGGGCACAGAUGGAUGUGUAUUGCUGCCUUCUUUGAAAACGAAGACUGCAGAGCAGUGUUUGUGGUUCCACUUCAGUGUUGCACACUGGUUACUUUCAAAAGCAUGCUCCUAUCCUUCUUAUCCACACUGGAAUAAGACAACUCUUUCUGUAUUUCAUAGGCUGAGAUUUGACACCUCUGAGUCAGCUUUGGCCAAGGUAGGCAGUGCUCCAUAGCCAGGAAGUUUUCAGUCUUUGAUUUCAAAAUCUCUCUUGUGUAUGUUGCCCUCUUCUGACCUUUACCUGAAAAGCUGGAACUUUAGACAUUCAGAAAUUAGUUUUGUUGCUCAUAUUUAAUAGUAACUUAUUUAAAGGUAAUAAUUUUGUAUUAAUUAUACAUGACUUGUAUUUAUAUGGAUUAAUUAAAACAUAGCCACAGGAAUGUAUUUAUGGAGACCAGAGGCUUCAGAGUGAACUGUAAAAUUAAAACCGCAGUGUAAUAUU